AUGGGGGCACAGGCACAACCUAUUGCUGUGACAUGGCUCACUGCUGGUCUCCUGUUGGAGCUGAGCUCACCUAAAGCUGGAGAGGACUGUGCCCAAGUAGAUGACUGGCGCACUGCCAAAUCAAUCUAUGACUUCCAUGCCCAAGACAUAGACGGCAACACUGUCUCUCUGGAGAAAUACAGGGGCUUUGUCUGCAUCAUCACCAAUGUUGCUUCAAAAUGAGGCAAAACGGAUGUAAACUACACUCAGUUCGUUGACUUGUACGCCAGAUACGCUGAGAGAGGUUUACGCAUCCUGGCCUUUCCCUGCAACCAGUUUGGAAAACAGGAACCAGGGGACAAUGCUCAGAUUAAGGCAUUCGCUGAAAAGUACGGAGUGAAGUUUGACAUGUUCAGUAAGAUCGAUGUCAAUGGGGAGAAUGCCCUUCCGCUCUGGACGUGGAUGAAGGCGCAGCCUGCGGGAAGAGGCACCCUGGGCAAUGCAAUAAAAUGGAACUUCACUAAGUUCCUCAUAAACCGCGAGGGCCAAGUAGUGAAGAGAUACAGUCCCAUGGAGGAUCCCUACGUGAUCGAGAAGGACCUGCCUGCCUACCUGUAGACCUGCUCAUCUCACCACUGUGCUGUUCCUUCUACCCAGCCCUGGCUCUCCUGCUCCCUGUGGAGUCUUCUCAUCCAGCUCCAAUGACGGUCUGUCUUUAAGCCAGCUUGCUGGUGAGGCAAACCUGAAGAUUUGGCGUGCACCUGUUGGAGGAAGGCUUCACAGGGCUGGUGGCCUCUGCUGGGCAGCCCUUCUCUGUAGUCACAAAGCAGCAUCUGAUGGCCCAUUGCAAUAAAGUUACUGGAAAUGA